GCCGCGGUCUGGGUUCAAUCUUUGUCUGGGCUUCUGGUAAUGGCGGGCGAUUCAAUGACAACUGUAACUGUGAUGGCUACACCAACUCUAUCUACACGCUGUCCAUCAGUAGUGCCACCCAGCAUGGCUCCAAGCCUUGGUACCUCGAGAUGUGCUCCUCUACUCUUGCUACUACUUACAGCAGUGGUUCACCAGGCAAGGAUGCCAACGUGGUGACAGUUGACAUGGACCUCUCAUUUCGGCAUAAACCUAACACCGACACUUUGUGCACCCAAGCACAUACGGGAACAUCGGCAUCAGCUCCAUUGGCUGCUGGAAUCUGUGCACUUGCCUUGGAAGCCAACCCAAAGCUCACCUGGCGCGACAUGCAGCACCUCGUUGUGAUGACAUCUCGGCCCGAGCCACUUCUGGGAGAGGAGGGCUGGACAACAAAUGGUGUUGGCCGCAGGGUCAGCCACAAGUUUGGUUAUGGCCUGAUGGAUGCGGAUGCCAUGACAGCUCUGGCGGAACAGUGGACCACCGCUCCUCCACAGCAUGUUUGUCGGUCUGAUACAGAAGAUGCUGGAUGGACAAUUCCAAACCGUCAAGGAGAAAGGCUGGAGGUGCAGAUGAACGCAAGUGGCUGCUGGGGUCGGCGCGAUUCGGUGCGCUUUUUGGAGCACGUCCAAGUGGUGUUGUCGCUUCAGUUCCUGCCCCGUGGAAACCUUCGCAUCACUCUCGUCUCUCCACUUGGCACCCACUCUCAUGUCCUGCUUCCUCGGUCUUACGAUUCCAAGGAGGACACGUUCAACAACUGGCCCUUUAUGUCGGUGCACUUCUGGGGCGAACCGGCACCUGGCACGUGGCGCCUCAUCAUCACCAGCGACGGGCCACGCCGCUCGUUGUUCCCCGGCAAGCUGAAGCACUGGUAUCUGAUCUUCUACGGCACUGACACAGACCCCAUCAAGUUGCGUCCACGACCGCACAGCUCAUACAUCAUCAGAGACACGGGGGCAGCGCAGGCAAGCGGCAGUCGCCUGGCACGCAACCCAUGUGACGUCGGAGAACAGGGUGGCUGUGUGGACACAUGCCCUGAGGGAAAAUUUAUGAGCCGGGAAAGCUUCGCAUGCGAGAACUGCUACGACAGCUGCGCAACAUGCUAUGGCCCAUCUGAGAGCAACUGCCUGUCCUGCCCCCCAGGAAGGCACCUGACACCGGAGGGUUCCUGCUGGCACGAGUGCCCCGAUGGAACGUAUGCAGACUCUGAUCUGCGACAGUGUGCAGAGUGUGACUUGAGCUGUUCAAAGUGUGUGAACUCAUCAUCAAACUGCACGGAAUGCCAGAAAAAUUACUUCAGAUUGGGGAACACGUGUGUGGGCUCUUGUCCGGACGGAACAUACUCGUCCCCUAGAGAGAGAAUAUGUCGUCGUUGCCAUGACACGUGUCGCUCAUGCCUUGGCCCGUUGCCUCAGGAUUGUGUCACAUGCCCUGAUGGGCUCUGGUCUCACAAUAAGCAGUGCUUUACACACUGCCCUCCCAAAUACUACGGCGGCCCGGAUGGAUUUUGCCGCAGCUGCAAGGCACCUUGUGUGGAAUGCUCAUCUCUGACAAGCUGCAAGUCCUGCGUAUCAGGCUACAAAAGUGACAACACGACAUGCAAAUUGGCUUUCACUGGGUGCAGUGAUGGCUACUACAGCCUCCACGGGAAGUGCUACAAGUGCCACGAAAAUUGCAAAACUUGCUAUGGUUCAAGCGAAAAUGAGUGCUUAAGCUGCCAGCCUGGCAAGUUCUGGUAUCAUGGACGGUGCACGAGCGAGUGCCUGUUGGGAUUCUAUGUAGAUGCCGACAAGACGUGUGUGCCUUGCCACGGCACGUGCAGCCAUUGCAAGGGACAGGGUCGCGCUGAUUGCACGGGCUGCCUUUUUGAGCUCAUUCUGCACGAAGGACAAUGCAUCCAUGAGUGUCCACCAGGUUUCUUUCAAGAUUCGGCGACCAAGACCUGUGUACCUUGCAACGCUGGGUGCAGCGCAUGCUUCAAUGCGUCAGCAGCGUCGUGUCUGACUUGCAACUCCGGAUAUGCCCUUCAUCGCACCACGUGCCGGAAACUGCCAUGUCCCAGUGGCACCUAUCUGCGCCAAACAGCCGCUGCUGGACCCGAGUGCAUCAAGUGCCACUCCUCCUGCUCCCACUGCACAGGACCAGGCCCCAGUUCGUGUUCAGCUUGCACCAGUAAGGCUCUCCUUUCUGGGAGCACCUGUGUACCAUGUCUCUUCGAUGAGUACUUAUCCCCUGCAAAGAAAUGCGUAAAGUGCAAGCCGCCAUGCGAUUCCUGUCGUGGUCCUGGUGAGGAUCAGUGUUUGACCUGCCUUGGGGACUUGAGCCUGGACCCUGUGACUUGGCGCUGUCUGCCGUGCUGCCAAGGUGCCAAGGCGGCUCACGAGGCACCGAAAAACUGCUGCAUGUGCAACAGUGUUACCAGAAAAUGUUUGGUGGGAGCCGAACAGCUUCGAAGCACCUCUUGGCUGAUACGAGACAGUAUCACAAACACCUACAACCUGUCAGUGCAGCGCGUCACCAUGACAGUGGUUGUCAUUUGCGUGGGAGCUGUGGUGAUGUUCUUUGUGUUAUUUGGCCUGCUCGAGUGGUCCUCUUCAAGUGGCUCCACGGGCACUUGCUUCCGCAAGGCUGCCCUGGCACAACUGCGCCGAGCAGGCAAUGGCUACACACGCCUCUCUGGAUCCCUGAAGAAUGCUGACAGGGCUCGCUUUGAAGUGGAAGCUGAGAAGGUGGCAUUGACCCGCAGUGAUGGUAUGGAGGACGAUGACGAAGAUGAUGAAGAGAUUUUCCACAAGACAACGUAGCCCAAGGGCAGUCACCGAGACCGAGACGGUAGGACCAACCCACUGAAUGGUUUCUGGAGAGAGUGGCUCAUCAGUUCGAGAGUGCCCGAAGUGAAGCCACCACUUGUUGGUGCGGGAGUGUGUGACACCAGGCCGAGGGAUGGCAAAGAAGCAAAGCAAAAUGUGCAGAAGGUGUGCCACAUGCGCUUCGUGAAGGCACCAUCAGUGAGCAGAAAACAUCACAAAUGUUGAGAGAAGAGUUGGAACUCUACCUGGCAGGUGAAAGGCUUAACUAAGACAGCUGGAACAUGAAGCGCCUUGAAGCCUGUGCUGGUGGCUGUGUGUAUGAUGGCACGGCUGUUGUUCAUUUUGGGCUUCCCAAGGUAAUUUUUAAGAGCAAGCUUUAACAGCUUUUUUUUUUUUUGCAUAUACUCCAAGCAUCUAUUUUUGUUGGCAUUACUUUAACGGGACCCACCUCCCCCCCUUUUUUUUUUUGCCUAGGUGCUCUUUAGACUGCGUUGUGACAUGAUCAUGUUGAAGUUGUUUAGGACUGGCUAGUUUUUUUUUUUAUGGUAAUCCUUUUAUGUUUCGAAUGCUCAAAGAAACCUGAACUGUGGCAUGUUUAAGCUUAGGAUGUGCUGACUCAGUGGCCUGACCAUUCCACAUUUCAGUUCUUUCGCACUUGCCCCAUCUCUAAUUUACAAGACUUCUUGAGCUGAGUAUCGUAGAAUGAAUUCGGAUAUGGACAAAUAGAAGCGGUGACAAGAACAUGUUGGCACAAGAGGAAGUUUCAACACUUUUAAUUUUAAUUGAGGGUGUGCUGGUGUGUGUGUGGCUCCUGCUUAAUUAACCAGUUUCGGCUAGGUUUGCUUAAACAUGUGUUGUUAUGCCUGAGGCCUCAGUUGCUGUUCUUAUAAGUGCUGCAAAACUUGGACCUUUCCCCUUUUAUGAGACUUUCCCACAUCAGAUUUUGUGAGCUGCUUUCAGCAGGAGAUUGCAGACAUUUAAAUCAUUUUGGUAUAUUGAUAAGUGCAAUAUAUGUCGGCAUUGUGCGCCAGGCUGUUACAGUAUAUCCAACCUUCUUGCGUCAUGCGUUUGAGGUGCAUGACAGUAGAGGUCGUUGCAUUGUGUUUGCAACAAGUGACUUACUAAGUGCCAAAAGAAAAAGGGAAAAUGAAUUUUAAGGACAGUCAUGAGGAAGCACUGAUUAAUUGCCUUAAUAUCUUUCCAGCACAGUAGUAAUGAGGGUAGCAGUGCAGGCCACUGCCUUGCCUAUUUUUUUUGCUGUGCGGCUAGUUGCUUUUGGCUACUGUUGACCGCAUCAUUGUCUUCACGCACACCAUACUCGCACAAGUUUCUGUCGAAUGCAGGGUGCACCUUCUAUAUCGGCACAUGUGCAAGUAUACUCUCUUUUACAUGCGAUAAAUUGUGAUGGCUCAUGUUAAGCCACAGAGUUAUCAGCCAGAGGUUGCUGCUAGGCUUGAAAGAUGGCCACCUCACGUUUUGUUGGCACACUACUUCACUACUAAUAGUACUACUGCAAAGCUUGGACACUGCUUGGACACUGUUUAGUUCCUGCACUUUCCACUUAGCUUUUUUUUUCUGUGUCUGCAUGUGUAUUUGAGACUUUGCAACACCUAAGCAUGUCACAACCAAGUGUCUGAACUUUUUCGUGUGUUGACCUUAUAUUUUUCCAUUUGUGAAAUUUGGUUGAAAGGCUGUGCAGUUGCUAAGCACUUAUUAACAGUGCACACACCUUUAAUGUUCUUGUUCUUGUGCUUCAUUGAUUUGUUUUUGUGUGUGCUUAGUGUGAUGGUCGGAGCAACUCUAAAUGAAGAAGCCACUGCAUCAGCUGCAUUUUCGUGCACACCUCCUAUAGCCGCUGGAGGUGCUAUUUUUGUAAGACGUUAAGUGAUGUAAGGCCAGGGUUAGAACUGUAUGAUGUUGCAUUCCAGGUUUGCAGACUCUUGAUUUAAUGUGCAAAAGGUUUUUUUAUCGUAAAGUGUAUGCAUGUGUGAGUGAAAGUGUGUUUCCUAAUGCAGAGGUGCACGUAAGCUUGCUGUUUGAGUGCACAAAUUUUUAUCUAUCCGAAUGAACAGGGACGGACUCGUGGGCAGGUUUCAGUGCAGCAGGGUGUUACUGCAUUGAAGUGUGCUCCAUGGCGCUGCUUGUAGCUAGAUUUUUUACAGUGGUUUGACUGUUGUUCAUUUUGAAUUGUGCAAUUUAUCGACUGUGCAUUGCAAGUUGCUAUCUGAAAACAAACAGGAGCCUCAGGCAGCAGGAGUAGAAGAAAGGCCUACAAGUGUCAGCCAACCAGCGUUUGCUUCCGCCACUCAUUUUUCACUGCAUUAAAAAAAUGUGCAGAAUAAAGCAUAUUUACUGUGCCCCUAAUGACAUCACAAAACGUUUCCAGGAGGUCAUCAAGCUUGGUCCGGCAGAAUGAAUUGGCGCUGUCUUUCUGUGAUGACUCGGUGCAUGAGCAAAAUCUUAAGAAAUCUCGGAUCAAAGGCGUACUGCAGAGUAUGACCUGCGGAAUAUAACUUUUCUUUUGUCCUUCUCUCCAGUGGAUUUAGUUGACUGGCCACACGACAAAUUCAACAGCUUGUAAUUUGCUUACUUUCUGGUGCAACUACUGCUACCACUGGGUUGACUCGUUGUGAUUGCAUAUGUCGUGAUACAUAUUCACUGUUGCCUGCGCAUACUUUCACAAUGCUUCACAAACGUUUUCUAGGUCACAAAACUUGCUGGCUCAGCCGUACUCGUAUGUUUGGUUCACUAUGCUUCUGCUCCCUCAGGUAAUUUAGUGCCUGCAUCUUUUGUGGGAGUUUUUAGCGUUGACUCUUUUUCUUUUCCUUGGUUGCUGUGAACUUGAACAAAAUAAGGAAAAAUGAAAGGGAAGAGGCAAAAAACUGGCUGUAUUCAAUGUUUGCUUUGCUGUACACUGUUGUGAACUAUGCAAAGAUGGUGUACGAAAUGCCGAAUUGGCAAUGUGUUCCAGCGUGUCGGUCUUUUCAAACAAUUCUGGUAUCUAGUCAGACGUGUAUUUGUUGAUUCAUUGCAAAUUAAUGCCAUAAAUAAGUGCAACUGUGUGCUUUCAAAACACUGUGUGAUGUGAGAGAUUAUACAAUGAAGUGUACAUCUGAAGAGAUUGAAAUAUACAGCCAAUUAUUGGA